CCGGCUCGGAGAGUCAUGGCGACCACAGCGUCUAACCACUACAGCCUGCUCACCUCCAGCUCCUCCAUGGUGCAUGCGGAGCCGCCGGGGAGCAUGCAGCCGGGCGCCGGCUACAGGGAUGCACAGACGCUGGUGCAGGCGGACUACACGCUGCAGAGCAACGGGCACCCGCUCAGCCACGCUCACCAGUGGAUCACGGCGUUGUCCCACGGUGGGGGAGGCGGCGGCGGGGACUCGCCCUGGUCCACCAGCCCCCUGGGCCAGCAGGACAUCAAGCCCUCGGUGGUGCAGUCCGGGGGCCGGGGGGACGAGCUGCAGCAGCAGCAGCAGCACCAACAGCAGCACCAGCAGCAGCAGGGGAGACCGCCCCACCUGGUGCACCACGCCGGCAGCCACCACGCCGCCGCCGGGGCAUGGAGGACGGGCGCCUCGGCUCACCUGCCGCCCAGCAUGGCCUCCUCCAACGGGGGGCAAGCGGGGCUGCUCUACUCCCAGCCGCCGGGCUUCACGGUCAACGGGAUGCUGAGCUCCGGCCAGCCGGGCUUGCACCACCACGGCCUGAGGGAUGCCCACGAUGAGCAGCAGCAGCAGCACCACGGCGGAGAGCACCCCGGGGGGCACCCGCAGCAGCACCCUCCGCACCAGCAGCAGCAGCAGCACCCCGGGGGCGGCGGCGGGGGCCACCACGACCCCCACUCGGACGAGGACACGCCGACCUCGGACGACCUGGAGCAGUUCGCCAAGCAGUUCAAGCAGCGCCGGAUCAAACUGGGAUUUACCCAAGCGGACGUGGGCUUGGCCCUGGGCACCCUGUACGGGAACGUCUUCUCGCAGACCACCAUCUGCAGGUUCGAGGCCCUGCAGCUGAGCUUCAAGAACAUGUGCAAGCUGAAGCCUUUGUUGAACAAGUGGUUGGAGGAGGCGGACUCGUCCUCGGGCAGCCCCACCAGCAUAGACAAGAUCGCAGCCCAGGGGCGCAAGAGGAAAAAGCGCACCUCCAUCGAGGUGAGCGUCAAGGGCGCCCUGGAGAGCCACUUCCUCAAGUGCCCCAAGCCCUCUGCCCAGGAGAUCACCUCGCUGGCGGACAGCCUACAGCUGGAGAAAGAGGUGGUGCGAGUGUGGUUUUGUAACAGGAGACAGAAAGAGAAACGCAUGACUCCCCCGGGAGGGACUCUGCCCGGAGCCGAGGAUGUAUAUGGGGCAAGUAGGGACACUCCACCACACCACGGGGUGCAGACGCCUGUGCAGUGAACUCACAUGGGGGCUGGCGGGGAGCGAGGGGGUAUUGACCCCCCCAAUUCCCACCCCUCCAACUUUUGAUUGUUCUUUUUCUCUUUUUUUCUCUCUUUUUUUUAACGUUUUCUCCUAUCUUAAAAACAGAAAAAAAACUGCACUGGACUAUCCCGUAAACGGUAGCAGGUGAAAUGAUGUGUUUUGAUCUUUACAGGCGAGUGCCCAUGCAAUGGAGUGGAGUGAGUAUCACACACAAACAGACACGAGACAGACAGAUACACGCACAGUGUCAGGCACUGAGAGAAAUCUUUCACAAAAACUAAAUUAAUUACGAAAAAAGAAUGGAAUCUACUCUGAGCCCUGCUAAACACAAAGGCAGCUUUAAUCUUGGAAUGAUGCUCAGUAUAGGCACAUGCUGCGGUGUUUAUUUGAUGUGGCUCCCCAUUAGGAAUAAAACAAUGAAUCCCUUUUGAUGUAGACAGUAUUUAACCGUUUGAAUUUGCACUGCAAGAAAAUUGAAGUUUACAUUAACAAAUACAUUUUUCCUACCUUGAUUUUGCAAAUGACUUGCAUUUCCCACGGUGAGCGUUAGGCAACCAUUGACCAGUCUACAAAAUGUUACUGUGUUAUAGCCCUUGCUUUCUUUAUGUGUAUAUGUGAACUUUUGUUAUAAACAAGUCUUCUUACAUAUGUGUAAUGUUUAUUUUCUCCUUUUACCAGAGCAAAUAUAUAUAUAUAAACACAAACAACUUCCACUUUCAAGAGAGCUGACUCUCACAGACGCUUAAGACGUGCCUUCAGAGGCAAGAGUCCAGUUUGGAAGAGAAUAAUGAAAACCAAUGACGUAAACUUCAUUUUCAGGCAGUGUUUUGGGGUCGGGGACAGUAAAAGAAAAAUGAAUAGUGACUGAUUGUUUCAUUUUAGGGAGGAAGGCCCGUUGUGAAAGCACUCGGAGAAAAUGUUGUGGAGGUUAAAUGUAUGUCCAGAGUUUUCCAACAGAAAGAAAGUGACAUUCUGAAGAGAACCUGCGGGGGGAGGGAGGGGAUUUAACUUCAGACAUCCCAUAUGUAAAGUUCUCUGUGUGCUUUUAGUAUUCCUAAUUACAUCGCACUGGAGUGGAUGCGCUGAUGUGAGCCUCUAAACUUUGUUUUAUUGAGCAGUUUCAACCAAAAGAUAUAAGCAGAAAGAACGGAGAACUUGCAUAUAUAUACGUAACACACAACACACGGUUCUGGCUGCAUGUCUAUUGCAUUUAUUGUUGCUUUACUUUCCAUAUUUAUUUUUCCGCUCAUAUAUAACAAUCCCACGCCCUUUGCUCAACUCGCUGCUCCAUUUACUGCAGAAAGGACUAGUUUAAGUUGGGCAGCCUUAUCUCUUUCCUUGGGGGGAACCAAAUGGAUUGGGAAAAUGCCAUUUUCAAUUCCUCUUUUCUUCCCUUCGUUGAUAGCUUUAAAGUGCAUUUCUUGACAUUAACUUGACGGGAAACGGUUAACUUUCCAAAAACAAAAACAAAAGGCUAUGGAGGGAAAGAAAACUUGGAACAGUGGCUGUGUAUGAGA